UCAGACAUUAUUAUCUUCACAAAGAAUAUCAUCCUUAAAACGAGCACAUAUCUCUUUGCAAAGACAAGUUCUUGACAAGGCUUAACAAUGGAAAAUGUUAAAGGUAAAAGAGGAGGGGUUGGUGAAAGAUCUCGGUCUAGAGACCAUGUAGUUGAAGAGUUUGUUCCUUCUGCAGUUUGGACAGAGGACUCAGAUUGCCAUUUUCUUCUUGUUGAUCUUCCUGAUUUUGAAAAAGAAGAAGUGAAGCUUCAAGUUGAUCAGUCAGGCCAAAUAACAGUGAGUGGAGAAAGGCUUGUGAACAGCAACAAAUAUAUAUAUUUUGAGAAAGCAUUUAAAUCACCAGAAAAUUCAGAUAUUAACAAGACCACCCAGAAAUUCGAUGGUGGGAUUCUCUAUGUAACUCUCCCAAAAAAACCACAAGUAGAAAAGAAAGAGCCCAAUGACGAGGAAGGCGUCGCCAAAGAUUAUGAUGACAUGCAAGAAAAGGAGGAGAAGACCUGCGGUGAUCAUGAGAGAUCAGGGGAGAGUAAUAUUGAUGGAGAACAGAUCCAAAAGAAGGAAAAGAGCAAGAAAGGCUCGCGUAUAGAUGGUUUCGACAAAGAGAUUGUAGAGAAAUGGGAAGGAGAGUGUUCGCUAUUAGAAAAGGCGACGAAGAUACUAUGCAAAAACAAAGAGGUUUUGCUUACGGCAGCCAUAGCAUUUUCGUUGGGGAUGUUAGUGUCGCGUAAAUUAGGUUCCAAUCAGCAAGAAUGAGCAAACUUUGCUUAUGACUAACACUCUAGUUAUCCUUUUAUUCUGCUUCUCUGUCUGCACAUGCGAUGUGCUGCAUAUUUAUUGGGUAAUUCUCCAUCUCUAAAAUUGAUUAUUUCUUCAAUCUCUAAAUAUUUAGAUAAUUAGUCUCC